CAUGAAGGUGCAUGAAGGCUAAAACAUGGCGUCUGCAUUGGAGAAUUUAGAAACACAAUUGGAACUUUUUAUUGAAAAUGUAAGGCAGAUACGUAUUAUAGUGAGCGAUUUUCAGCCUCAAGGGCAAAAUGUAUUAAAUCAGAAAAUUCAAGGGUUAGUAAAUGGUCUACAAGAGAUAGAUAAGCUCAAGUCUCAGGUUCAAGAUGUUCAUGUACCUUUAGAAGUUUUCGACUAUAUCGAUCAGGGCAGAAAUCCACAGCUGUAUACAAAAGACUGCAUAGAAAAAGCAUUAACCAAAAAUGAGCAAGUUAAAGGAAAAAUUGAUGCUUAUAGGAAAUUCAAAGCAAAUAUGCUCGUAGAAUUGACCAGAGUAUUUCCACAUGAAUUGGCUAAAUAUCGAGCAAUACGUGGUGACGAAUAA